AUGGUUUUUACAUUGUAUAGUUUAAUUGAAGCUGCUCUUCUUGGUGUUAAUGCUGUGGCAAUACUUAAUGAACAAAGAUUUCUUUCAAAAUUGACUGGCGGUGGUGGAGGUCAUCAAGGUUAUCCUGGUGCUGCUGGUUAUGUGGAUGACAUGCAGAAUGCUGGUGGAGUUAAACAACAAUUAUUAACUCUAAUUCGUUCUGUACGAACAGUCAUGAGAAUUCCGCUGAUCGCUUUUAAUAUUAUUGCAAUUAUAUUUCUUAUUUUAUUUGGUUGA